UCUAUGUAAACAAUCCAGACCACACCUUUUAAUGUCUUCUGAAUUAUGGAGGAAGUUUAUAACGAGAACCUUUAGCUCGGGCUUUAAGCUGAUGUCCACCAACAGUUGCAGCAAGAGGCUAUUAAAUAGGUUGGCUGGGGAGAAGUCGCCAUAUCUUUUACAGCAUGCCACUAAUCCAGUAGAUUGGUAUCCCUGGGGUGAAGAAGCAUUCACUAAAUCAAGGAAUGAGAACAAGCCGAUAUUUCUAUCGGUUGGUUAUUCCACAUGUCACUGGUGUCACGUGAUGGAGAGAGAGUCCUUCGAGAGUGAUACUGUCGCUAAAGUCCUCAACGAUCAUUUUGUCAGUAUCAAAGUUGACAGGGAGGAGAGACCAGAUGUGGACAAAGUUUAUAUGACAUUUGUACAGGCUACCCAGGGUAGUGGUGGAUGGCCCAUGAGUGUCUUUUUGACGCCAGAGUUGAAACCGUUUCUCGGCGGAACUUAUUUUCCUCCCGAGGACUCUUUUAGGAGUCCAAGUUUUCUUACAAUACUAAAUGCUGUACAUGAGCAGUGGACUAAAGAUCAUGAUAAUAUCAAGCAGAAGAUGAACCCACUAAUGAAAGCACUUCAAGCAGCUGUUGCUGGCUCAUCUUCACUCAAUCCGCAGUUACCUGGUACAGCUUGUAUCCAGAAAGCUGCUGAAAUGCUAGCGGACCGGUUUGAUAGCAAGUAUGGCGGGUUUGGUCAGAGUAUGAAAUUCCCUCAACCUGUGAUACUUGAUCUGCUGUUAAGGAUAUAUGCACGCUAUCCUUCCUCUGAGAUGGGUGAUGGUGCAUUAGCAUCUGUUCUCUUUACACUUGAAGCAAUGAGCAAUGGAGGAAUGCAUGAUCACAUUGGACAAGGUUUCCAUCGCUAUUCAACCGACCCCUACUGGCAUGUUCCUCACUUUGAAAAAAUGUUAUAUGAUCAAGCCCAACUUGUUGUCACCUACCUCAGUGCAUAUCAGAUUACAAAAGAUGACAAGUUUAAGGAAACUGCAGUUGAUAUAUUAGAGUAUGUAUUGAGAGAUCUCGGUGAUAAGGAUGGCGGAUUUUAUUCCGCAGAAGAUGCAGACUCUUAUCGUUGCCAUGGCGACAAAGAAAAGAAAGAGGGUGCCUUCUGUGUAUGGACUUGGGAAGAAAUACAGUCAAUAUUACUAGACCCCCUCCCAGGGGGCGACACUGAUAAAACACUAGCUGACUUAUUUUCGAGUCGUUUUGGAGUUAAAAAAGGAGGCAAUGUUCGGCCAAAUCAGGAUCCACAUGGCGAACUAAUAAAUCAAAAUGUCCUUAUAAUCAAAAAAUCAUUUGAAGAAUUAUCUAGCGAAUUUUCAUUGGAAGUUGAACAAGUGAAGAGUUUGCUAAUGGAGGCCAAAGAUAGGCUAUACAAGAUGAGAGCUGAGAGACCUAAACCUCAUCGAGACGAUAAAAUACUUACAGCAUGGAACGGUCUCAUGGUAUCUGCUUUAUCUCGUGCGUCACAAGUACUUGGUGGAUCUGAGUAUCUUGAGAGAGCCAAGAGUGCAGCAUCAUUCAUAAGAGACUCAUUGUACGAUAAGGAGAAAUCCGUCUUACUAAGAAAUGCUUAUAGAGAUGAGAAUGACGUUCUCAGUGUUAGCACUGUUGAAGGAUUCGCUGAUGAUUAUGCAUUUCUCAUUCGAGGUCUCAUUGACCUUUACGAAGCCAGCCAUGAUCCUCUCUGGUUGAAAUGGGCACUUGAACUACAGGAGCAGCAAGACAGGCUGUUCCUGGACAUCAAAGGAGAAGAGGGAGAAGAGAAAGGAGGCUACUUCAGUACCAGUGGAAUGGAUGAUAGCAUUCUGCUAAGGAUGAAAGAUGGUGAAGAUGGAGCUGAACCAAGUGCUAAUUCAGUCUCUGCUGAGAAUUUGCUUCGUUUGUCAUCAUUUUUUGAUAAAUCAGAGCUUCGCUCGAAAUCUGAGAACAUUUUUAAGACGUUUAAUUCAAGCAUGAUGGAGCACCCUCCAGCUAUGGCUGCAUUGAUCGGAGCUUUCAUAUCUUAUUUACAAAAACCAAAACAAGUUAUCAUUGUUGGUUUAAUAUCAGGAGAUGACACACAAGCUCUCUUAUCUUGCAUACAUUCACAUUUCAUUCCUAACAAGACUCUCAUCCUUCACGAUCCCUCGUCUCCCUCUCCACUCCUUAUGGAGUCCCUCCCUCUCCUUAAAGAUAUGAUCAUGGUUGAUGAUAAAGCAACAGUUUAUCUUUGUGAGGACUACAAGUGUGCAGCUCCAACCAAUUCAAGCACUGUCCUUAAAGAUAUGAUUCAGCCGAACAAUUAAAAAAUAAUUAUAACUUUACAUGUACAUUAAAUUGUAGAGCAGUAACAAUUAAUCUACAUAAAAGUUAUAUAUAUUGGUUAUUCUACUGAUAUAGUAAACCAAAA